ACAAAACUGAAAGAUGACAAGAAGUGGUGAUUUGUGAAAGAUUCAAGUAAGCUCUACAAGGGAGGGACUGGAAAUUCAACAGGAAGAAGAGCAAGCUGAGGUCAAAACAGCAUCUACCUUUGCUUGACUGAAGAUCAUAGACUUAAUCUGGAAACUCAAGGAUAACUUUUAGUUGAAGUGUAAGAUGGAAUAAUUUAACUGUAUCAUUCAUCUUCUCUGAAUCCUGAAUCUGAACGCUGAAUCCUGCUUGCAGUGGGCCAUAAUGGCGAAACUUAAAGAGGAGCUCUUUAAAAUUCUGGCAAAAUUAAAAGAAGAAGAGUUUAAGGAUUUCAAGUGGUUCCUGGAGCAGGAUGACAUCCUGGACGGCUCUAAAGGCAUCCCAGUGGGUCAACUAGAGAAAGCAGAAAAGACACGCACAGUGGAUCUAAUCGUACAGAAAUAUCAGGAUCCUGGAGCUCUACACGUAACCAUGAGGGUUUUGGAAAAGAUCAGCAGGAAUGACCUGGUGCAGCAUUUACAAAACUCCUACUCAGGACUAAAAGCAGAUGAUGGUCUGCAGCAGGUUUCAGAAAUAUAUAAGAUCCGUCUGAGGAGGAGAUGUCAACAUGUGACUGAAGGAACUGAUGAAUCAGGAAGUAGAACCCUCCUCAACAGGAUCUUCACUGAGCUCUACAUCACAGAGGGAAAGAGUAAAGAGGUUACUACUCAACAUGAAGUUAGGCAGCUUGAGACAGCUUCCAAGAUGAAGACCCCCCAUGACACUCCAAUCAAGUGCCACGACAUCUUUAAAGCCUUACCUCACCAACAGAAAUACAUCAGAGUCAUUCUGACAAGUGGUGUUGCUGGCGUUGGAAAAACCUUCUCAGUGCAGAAGUUCACUCUGGACUGGGCAGAGGGCUCAAAAAACCAAGAUGUCAGUCUUGUGAUUCUGCUUCCGUUCAGGGAGCUGAACUUGAUCAAAGAUAACCAAUACAGUCUUCUCAUGCUGGUCCAUUAUUUCCAUCCAACAUUACAGAAAGUCACAGCAGAGAAGCUCGACUCUAAGGACUGUAAAGUUUUGUUUAUCUUUGACGGCCUGGAUGAAAGCAGACUUAAACUGGAUUUUGAGAACAAUGAAGUUGUGUCUGAUGUCACACAAAAGUCAUCAGUCAACGUGCUGUUGACAAACCUCAUUGAAGGGAAUCUGCUUCCCUUGGCACUCAUCUGGAUAACUUCCCGACCUGCAGCAGCCAAUCAGAUCCCUCCUACAUGUGUUGACAGGGUAACAGAGGUACGAGGCUUCACUGACACCCAGAAGGAGCAGUAUUUCAGGAAGAGAUUCAGUGAUGAAGAACUGUCCAGCAGAAUCAUCUCACACAUCAAGAUAUCUAGGAUUCUCCACAUCAUGUGUCACAUCCCAGUCUUCUGCUGGAUCAUUGCUACAGUUGUGGAGCACAUGUUGACUACAGACCAGGGAGGAGAACUGCCUGAAACCCUUACUGACCUGUAUUCACACUUCCUGCUGGUUCUGACAAAGAUGAAGAAGCACAAGUAUGAUGAGAGACAUGAGUCGAGUCCACAAGUUCAGCCAAAGAGGAAGAAGUAUGAUGAAGGACAUGAGAUGAGUCCACAGGAGCUGAUGGAGGCUGACAGGGAAGUUCUUCUGAAGCUGGGCAGGGUGGCAUUUGAACAUCUGGAGAAAGGAAAUAUCAUUUUCUACAAAGAAGACCUGGAGCAGUGUGGUCUUGAUGUCACAGACGCCUUGGUGUUGUCAGGAUUUUGUACAGAGAUCUUAAAAAGAGAGAGUGUGAUCUCCCAGAAAACAGUCUACUGCUUUGUUCAUCUGAGUGUUCAGGAGUUUCUGGCUGCAGUCUACAUGUACCACUGUUACACCAACAGCAACACUGAGGUACUGAAGGGCUUCCUGGGAAAACACUACAGAAAGUCCUCCCUGGAUGUCUUCCUAAUGGGAGCCAUGCAGAAAUCUCUCGAAAGUGAAAAUGGCCACCUAGACCUGUUUGUUCGCUUCCUUCAUGGCCUCUCUCUCAAGUCCAAACAGAGUGUCUUAGGAGGCCUGCUGGGUCAGACAGAGAACAGUCCAGAAAUCAUCCAAAGAGCCAUCAACAACCUGAAGUGGAUGGACACCUACAGAAUCUCUCCUGACAGAAGCAUCAACAUCUUCCACUGUCUGAUGGAGAUGAAUGACCGCUCAGUACAUCAGGACAUCCAAGAGUUCCUUAAAUCAGAGAACAGAUCAGAGAAGAAACUUUCUGAGACCCACUGCUCAGCUCUGGGCUAUAUGCUGCAGAUGUCAGAGGAGUGUCUGGAUGAGUUGGACCUGAGGAAGUAUAAUGCAUCACCUGAAGGACGACUGAGACUGAUCCCAGCUGUGAGGAACUGCAGAAAGGCUCAACUUUCUGACUGUGGACUCUCAGAGACUCAAUAUGAAGUUGUGGGCUCAGCUCUGAAAUCCAACCCCUCCCAUCUGAGAGAGCUGGAUCUGAGCCAGAACUACCUGCAGGCUUCAAGAAUGAAGCUUCUGUGUGCUGGACUGGAGAAUUUAAACUGUAGACUGGUGACUCUGAGAUUGAGGUCCUGCAGGUUGUCAGAGAUCACAUGUGCUUCUCUGGUCUCAGCUCUGAAGUCCAACCCCUCCCAUCUGAGAGAGCUGGACUUAACUGAAAACAAGCUCCAGGAUUCAGGAAUGAAGCUGCUGUGUAAUUUUCUGGAGAGUCCACACUGUAGACUGAAGACUCUGGGAUUGAGGAGCUGCAGUUUGUCAGAGAUUAGCUGUGCUUCUCUGGCCUCAGCUCUGAAGUCCAACCCCUCCCAUCUGAGAGAGCUGGAUCUGAGCCACAACAACCUUCAAGAUUCAGACAUGAAGCUGCUGUCUGAUCUUAAGGAGAAUCCACAAUGUAGACUGGAGACUCUGAGCUGGUGAUGAUCUCCGUAAGAAUAGUGAGUGAACAUCCAGGAGUGUGUGUUGAGAGAGGAUCAGCUGUAUCCUGAUGAUCCAUCGGGACCAAAGUCUGGAUCUGGAUUUUGUCAUCUCUCUGAUCUCUGAUCAUUUUUGGCCAAUUAGGAGUGAUUUCCUGCUCUGAGAUGCUUAAUAAAUACGGGCCCAGAUGUGAAAGAUGUGACAGAUUGGAUGUCCACAAAUUCAUCCGGUUAGAUUAAUUUAUCAUUGGUCCAGAAAACCUGCAUGCACAGGUCAAAUCAUAUCUGUUGAUAACAACAUCAAGUCUGUGGUGAAAAAACCUCAUAUGUAGGUAAAGUUGAGCCACUAAAACCCCUCCUGGCACAUUCCUCUGUAAUAUUAGAGAUGGGAUAGCCUUAUUGUGCAUUUUGUACUCUCACAUUAAUUUCAUCUCAUUAUCUGUGGAUAUGAGUCUUAUGGAAAUGUAUAUUUUGUAAGGUUUAAUCAUGGCCUGUUGUUUACCUUUUAUGGAUUAAGAAUUGUAUUGUAUUCGAAAAUGAGAUGCUGUGUGUGUGAACCAGUUUGAUCUUCUGUUGAUCAGCACCUGACUAUUUAAAGACACACCUGAUAGUAAUCAAGCACAGAGCGAAUCUGAUGAAGCAACGUGCGAAACGCAUAGUUCGUUCCUUUUGUUUUUUAAUGUAAUUCCUUAAUAAAUAGUGUCUAUCCCAGUAUCCUGGUGUGUGCUGGAAUACUUUUUUGAUUUCCUGUGGUGAAAAACUUUGUAUUUGUAUCUCUGUAUUCAUUAUUCCAGUCUAAAUUUUGAUGAUCAUAUCAGUAGCUCAUCCAGUCCUUUUGACUAAAACCAGGAAAAGAGAGAUGUGUAAAUAUUAAAGAUACAGGUAUCUAGCUUUUAUAUGUCUUUUUACCUAUAAAUCAUUGUCACACUGCACUAGGUCCCAAGACUAUUUAGUCCUCAAAAAUCAUCAUAUUAGUAUUUAGAUUGUGAAAGUGGCUUUUUAAGUACUAUGCUCCACACAAGUGAAAAUUAGACAAGCUAAUCUGUUUUAAUCCAUUUAAAUCUCUUCUAACUGACAUAGAGUAGUGUGAAUGCAGAUGUUUUUGAAUAGAUGUCCCUUAUAAUGAUGUCUUUGGCCUGUGUGCUGUAUAAUCUGUUGAUACUGUCAUUUUUGUGUGCUUUUAUUGUUUUUGUAUGUACUUUUAUUGUUUAUAUUGUUCUUAUAUAUGUUUUGUUGCUGAUGUAUACCAUAACUUUUAUGUGCUUUUAUAUGCACUGUGCUGUGGGGGUCUUUGUAAAAGAGAGCUUGCUCUCAAUGGCCCUCGUUGUUUAAAUAAAGGUUGAUGAUGAUGAUGAUGAUGUAAAAAUAUGACGUCAAAAUGAAUAGUUUAUGUCUAAUAACAACAUUUAACAAGUCAUUUGCAUUAGGAUGUAAGUAAAUACUGCCAAUGAGGUGGCUUUAACGAUAACUAUAUUAUUUAAACUUGUAAGUGAGAUAAUUGGAUUCAGUUGUAUGAUCCAACUCUAUCCAAUCCCAUCCUUUUCAUCUUUUUUUCUACAUUAAUGCAGCAUCUUGCAUGUAUUGUACAACACUACACACAGCGAUAAUGAUGCAAAUGGACUGUGGGCACAACAUCAUUAAAAACAUGAAAUUCAUUUUCUCCACUGUCCAACUCAUCUCCAGCUAAACCUCCUGUUGACUUAUGUGUCCUUACAGCUCUUUGAAAUAUAUCUCUGCCAUCAGCAGUUUAAAACUAAUGAAUCAUUAAAUAAAUAAAGCCACGAUUUGCAUGAAUGCAGCUUGUUUUUCUAUAACUUCAUACUGAGUGGCAGGAAAUGAAUUAGUGAUGAUUAUCAGCGCAGAUAAAUAUGGGUCCUGGUCUUUGCUGUCAGGGCUCUGGAUCAACCUGUUUGAGGAGCUCAGUCCGAUAAGUCAUUAUCUUCCUUUAAAUCACUUCAUCAAACUCAUUUUUAUCCACUGAUCUACCACUUAUUUUUGUUUUAUAAGCUGUACAUCUUAAAUUUGAAUCUUAUGUGUGUUUUACUGUUUUAUUUUCUUCUUGUAUGUUUGUGUUAGUUGUGUCUAAAGCAUUCUGUAAUGUUGGUUUUGA